GCUCGUCCGUCGCUUCUACGUGACAAGAAUCCCGCCGUUCUUGAUGUCAGUGCAACUGGGGGCUGUUACAGUGGCAUAUUAAGCGCGUACUCGAGUACUCCGGCGUCAAGGUGCCUUACUCCCUCCCUUGUAUCGACCAGUCCGCGUCAAAACAUGGACCGUCGAGCAUUAGGGCCGGUCGACGUUGUUGGAAUGCAGUUCACCCAUGUGGUCAUAUGCGUCGACGGUGUAUUCUAUGUCUCCAGGAAUGCAAUUGGCACUGGCCACUGCCGCCGUAUCGAUCUUAUUGCGCCGGCAACAACGAUCGUAUCGCCUCAUUGCGGCCAUCGUCGCACUCAUCCUUUUCUCAUCAUUGAAAACGAUCGGAACCAUCCUAUUCUACGCGGUGCAAAUCAGGGCCAACUCGAGCUUGGCGAUUAGUCCGAUCAAUCUUCGAGUUGUGGACAUACUGCUUGUUGUGGCCGCUCGAUGCAGUUACGUGACCGAUAUCUGUGUGGUUGUCUGGCGGGCUUGGGUGUUAUACGCAGAUAGCCGUCGUAUCAAAGCUAUCCUAGCGCUGUGUGUCGGCGCAGUUGUGGUCUGCACCAUCGCUGACUUCGCGCGUAUCACCUGCAAGCGAGUGCGAGGAGAGGAGAUAGAUCACCAAGCUGCAUUCACGCUUAUAUGGGCUGUCCCUCUUCUACUCACCAACAUCUUUACCACUGCGCUCAUAGGCAUGCGAACAUGGCGCUACCAGCGCGAGGCGCGCAUCUUCCUCUCCCGAGGUUCACGAAGAACCGGUCCAGGGAAGGUACUCGUCGUGCUUCUAGAGACUGGCCUUAUCUCUUGUUCACUUUGGAUGGUAUAUAUAAUCCUGGCGGCCAUAGACGACCCCGACACAAGCACUCCUGGCGAUGUCAUACUCCAGGCGUACCAUUCUCUUUCUGGGAUAUACCCGACCGUCGUAAUCCUUGUGGUGGCGAUGCGGCGCCCUGAGACGGAAAGCUUCCUCGAGGUGGAAAUUUCGCGCGGUUUGCGCUUCGAGGGACGCGUUGAGCUCGCGACGUCCUUCGCAUGGGAUCCUGCUACGACAGAUAGUACGGCGCAAGAUCAUACGAAGACGCCCAUUGCGCAAGCCCACGACGCGACCAGAGGAUUGCUGGCGCACGAGACGGGGCUGCAUCCUUCGAGCGGCGUCGCGGGCCCGUCUUCUUGCGGAGCUCACAGUGGGGGGUGGGUCCUGAGUGAAUGUUGAACGUCUAGUCAUCGAGUAUGUACCUCCUAAACUCUGUACCGAUAAAAAAUAUUGUGACAAAUGCGUAUCGGUAGCUGUUUGGCGCACGCAAGGACACUUUGCGCUUGGAUAGACGUGAGCGUUACACGACGGCGCGUAU